AUGAACAAAUCUCUUGACGAUAGCCAACAUACCUUCCCUACCACCACAGGUGAGGGAUCCGAAUCAGAUGCUUCUUCCAUCUCGGAGUCGUCAUCGGCAUCCACAACAGCAUCAUGGUCCGACACCGAGUUGAUGGAACCUCACGUCGGCUACAAGAAGGUCCUAGUCACCGGUGGAGCAGGCUUCAUCGGAAGCCACGUCGCCGACUACCUGCUAGAACGAGGUGACGAUGUUGUCAUUAUCGAUGAAUUGAACGAAUACUACGAUGUUACCAUCAAAGAAUCCAAUUUGCGGCUUUUGACUGAAAAAUACGGCGAGGAGCGAGUUGCCAUCUACCGAGGCGACAUCUGCGACGCCACCUUGAUGACAGAGCUUUUCGAAAAGGAACGACCCCAAUGGGUAUGCCACAUGGCUGCCCGUGCUGGUGUCCGUCCAUCCAUCGAGGAUCCUUUUGUCUACAUCCAUUCCAACAUCCAAGGAACCACGCAACUUAUGGAGCUUGCCCACAGAUACGGAGUGCAAAAUUUCGUGUUUGCCUCAUCUUCGUCUGUCUAUGGAGGAUCCAAGUCUACUUUCUUCUCCGAAGAUGAAGUUGUGGACAAUCCAGUCAGCCCCUACGCUGCCAGUAAGAAGACCUGUGAGCUUCUUGCCUACACAUACCACCACCUAUACAAGCUGAAUGUCACCGGACUUCGCUUCUUCACCGUCUACGGUCCCCGCGGACGCCCGGACAUGGCACCAUUCAAGUUCAUUGAUCGUGUCAGCCGCGGUGCUGAAAUCCAACAGUUUGGUGACGGAUCAUCAUCUCGUGACUACACUUACAUUUCCGACAUUGUCGAUGGUGUCGUCCGUUCGAUCGAUCGCCCAUACGCGUACCAAAUUUUCAAUUUGGGCAAGGGCGACGGUACAUCCUUGAGAGAGUUCAUCUCCUUGGUCGAAAAGCACACCGGCAAGGCGGCCAACCGAAAGAUCCUACCAGAUCAACCAGGUGAUGUCCCAUACACUUGUGCCGAUGUUCGAAAAGCCCAACAUUUGUUGGGAUACACAUCAAAGGUCAGCUUUGAAGACGGCAUUGCGAAAACCGCAAGGUGGUAUCGCCAAACGUACAUGAAGAACAAGGUUGAAGUCCUUCCACAAGUCGAGGCACCAACGACGACUAUUCAAUUAGAAGCCACACAGGCUUGUUAG